UCUUUCUCUCUUUCUGUUUCGUCUCCAUUCUUUCUCCUCUUUCUACUCUCUCUCCUCGCCAUUGCCCUUCUCUCCGCCGCCUCCGCCUCCGCCUCCGCCUCCAAUAUCACUGAAAUCCUUCACCGGAAAAUACCCACUCAUUGUCAUAAAAAACAUCCUAGCCCUCCACGUCUUGCUUGACUACUUCGACGCGCCGAAGCUCCACAAGAUCUCCGAGGGCUCCGUUCUCUCUACUACACACCGCUGGAAAUCUGACGCAGAGGCAUCCAAUUCCAAUUCCAAUUCCAUUUGGGAAAAUUGGACAGGAAUCUGUAAGAUUUGGGCUCCUCCAAAAAAUUUAUGCACUUUGCAAAUUCAAGAGGUGAGGAGGUGAAGCUACAGCAAGGUUAUGUUCAAAAAGCCUUAUGGAAAGGAAUUCUGGCAUGAGUUCACCUUGGUUUAAGGAUUUAUGUCUCUGGUAUUGUUCAAUCACUUUUGGCCAUGUCCAAGUAAGGCUGUAUGUUGUGUUUCCUUGUGGUACCUUUGGAGAUUUAAUUGUUAACCUUGGGCACGAGGGUAUUGAAGGAAGAUCUAGCUUGGGAAGAAGAUGCGAUGGCAGCUUCCGGUAAAGCAAGGCUUUCAGGGAUGCAGAAGCAAGUGCUUGCUCUGUACCGAGGAUUCUUACGAGCAGCACGCUCCAAAUCCCCUGAAGAGCGCAGCAGAAUUGAGGCAUUUGUGUCGGCGGAGUUCCGGAAUAAUUCGUCACAAGUAGAUCGCAAGAAUUUUCUCUACAUCGAAUAUUUGCUUAGGCGUGGUAAGAGGCAACUGGAUCAGCUAACGAGCCCGAAUACAGUGGGAUUGUCAUCCUUAAAUGUUGAAGUUUCUGAUAGGGAAAAACCUUAGUGGCAGUUGGUCAACCAUUUUGUCAAACCUCUUCACUAUGAUUUACCGGUGAAAUAUAUAUAUACACAUACGUUGUAUGAUAAUAAGGUCAGCAGUUGUUUGUGAUAGAACAAUUAUCCCUUAGCAAUGAGGACGGAAACUUAGGGAGUUGUUGGAUAUGUUAGGAUAUAUUGUGACUCACACGAAAUUGUGAAUUUGAUUUGAAGCCCUUGUCUUUUAUGGAGAUGCCAAUUUAUACAACAUUA